AGCCAGGGACUGUCAUAGGGUUGGAUGCAGAGUGGAGACCUUCAUUUGGAAACACAUUGAUCACUCAGAGGGUUUCUAUAGUGCAGCUAGCCACAAAAGACAAGGUGUACAUCCUAGACAUGAUUGCCUUGGUACAGAACACAGAGAUGGGGAGGUUACAGCACUUCUUCUCCAGCCUCCUAGUCAGCCAAGAUGUUGUCAUUCUAGGUUAUGGAAUAGAUGGAGAUUUCCAGAUGUUGGGCAGAUCCUACCCUUUCCUCAGGGAAGCCUUGUCGAAACGAAAAAGGGUCAUCGACCUCUCACAUGUAGCCACUAGGAUCCACAGAGCUGAUCCUUCUCUCCUGACAUUUGACGCCGGAGACUCGACUGAUGACGACCUCACAAGCGCAGCCCCCGCAAAAUCCGACGCCAGCGGGCUGUCUCAACUGGUCCAGCAGUGUUUGGGACUUCCUCUGGCCAAAACAGAACAACUGUCCGACUGGGAGAGACGUCCUCUUCGCAAGGCUCAGCUCCUGUAUGCCUCGCUGGAUGCAUACUGCCUACUAGAGGUUCACGACGUCCUGACAAAGAGAGUGAAGGAUGCUGGGAUAGCCAUCGACUUUGAAGCCCCUGCAACCGGCAAGAAAGGUACAAGUAGUGGGGACAAGUCCAAGAAGGAAAAGAAGAAGAAGAAAGGAGAUGGGAAGGGGCCAAGGAAGCCUCCCACAGCACCUUGGAGUAACACAGGUGGUUUAAGAAGUGGGGAGGGCGUGGGAAAGUCGUCGAUCCCCCCCAUCCGUCCGGGUGAGCUGGCCGUGGUGUGUGACACCAUGCUGCAGGGCAUGGGACGCCAGCUCAGGUGCUGCGGAGUGGACGUCAGGAUACUGGAGAACUCAGACGACCACGAUCGAGCCGCAGAGAUUGCCAGAGCAGAGAAGAGAAUUAUCCUGACGUGUGGCAUGCCGUACCAAACUCUGAGGUCUCAGGUGGGGGAAGGCAGGUGCCUGUGUUUAGACUCAGGUGUAGGGCCCAGGCAACAGGUGCUGCAGGUGCUCCAACACUUCAAUGUCAAGGUCACGCAGAGAGACAUCUUCAGCAGGUGUCAGGUGUGCAAUGGGAACAGGUACCUCCGCAUUCCGGCACGAGAAAUGCAGCGUGCGUCGGACCGCAAACAGGCGCUCCUGCGGGAGGCUGGCACCUCCGGGAGAGCGGCGGCGGAAUGCGGUCCCGGCCCUUCAGAUGCAAAUUCCGAGUCCUCGCAUCUGAAUGACAGGAAUGGCGGGAAGAUUCUCGGGCAGAGCGGCAUUCCAGGAGAGGGUGGGGCUACUAAUCCCGACACUGCUGAUGUGACGCCCCCAGUGAGCAGGAACAAGGGAGGACAAGAUAACGGCUCAUCCUUCCCGCCCUCCGCAGCACAAGGGUAUCAGGGUCUACCGAGCACCAAAGAGACAGACCUUGUCUCCAAGAGAAUCGUCAGCCAAAUACGAGGAUCGUUAAACUUGGCUGGAGCAGAGGGAAAAGAGUUUUCCCCCUCGGUAGACACGGAAGCAGAUGAGGUUGAGGAAAGCGCUUCGUCGUACAACCCUACCUGCUUUUAUUCUGAUGGGAGGAUCGACAUGGAAUCUGUGACCAUAGGGAAGGGAGUUCCGCUUCAGAUCGACGUGGUCCCGCCGGGAAUUCUGACAAAGGUGUCGGAAUUUUUCUGCUGUGAGACCUGCGGGAAGGUGUUCUGGGAAGGGCGGCACUUCGAGCGCGUGAUCUCACAGUUCGCUGACGUUCUGAGCGACUUAGAGGAAGGAAAGGCAGUUGGGACAGUGUACAGCACUACAGAGUAAGGACUCUAUGAAAGAGUCUCACCAGGAUAAGACCUAGCUUGGGUACCAUCCGGAUUUUCGCUCCAGCACGCUCGCAAAAAUCAUUUUUCAAAUGAUUUUUUUUUAGGGUGGCGGAGCGAAAAUCCGGAUGGUACCCAGGCUAGGUAAGACCCGAUUUACACUGGGAAAACCUGACAGUAUUUUCUCAGUACUAUAUCAGCCUGCUUUUACGUACAUUUAUAUGUUGCCUCGUGGGCUGGAGUAUAAUCUGAACAUACGUUCUUGACCAUCAAAGCAUGCCGAUUUAUACACUGGAAAACAUUUGACUCAAUUUUCGUUCUGUCAGGUUUCGCCCGUGUGUGUAAGUGUGUGUGUGUAAAUCAGGUCUGACAAUGCAGGUUGAGAAACAGUAAAAUUAAGCCUAAUAGGGUGAAUAAUUGGCAAGGGCAAGAGGUGUUUGGCCACCACUCCUGUGCGUGUGCAUAGCUCACUUACCAUAACUCAUUGGCCUGGUCAAUUACUGAGCCUAUUUUUUGCUGAAUCUCACUGCCCAAAACUAUAACCUCUGGUUGAGACUAAGCAGAGAGGACCUGGGCAAUAUACCAAAAACUGGUCAAUAUAGCAACAUCUGUUGUCUUCAGCCACAGUAGCAAUAGUUGAAUUAAAACUGGAGAAGGAAAUAUAGAAGAGAUAGGAUAUUAGCCUAAAAAGUCAACAAAAAAUACAAAUCACCAAUACAAUCAUAUUUUGUCAAAUGUGUAAAAUUUUGCAAACCCAUUGCUGACACAAAUGUAAGACAAUCGUAACGUUAAGAUAGAUAGAACUAUAGUAUUGAGAGAUGAUUCCAUCCAUGACUACAAAACACUUCUUUAAUGAUUUCUUUGCAAAUUUGCAAAAAUCAGUGUCCUCAUCUCAUCUAAAUGUACUGUCUGUAAUUGUUCUUUUUGAUCCUCCCUACUAACAUGAUACAAGGUGGAAUCUUUGUUGCUUUACUUUUAACUUUGUACCUUAUAUGAUGUCCUCAAACAAUGGUACAAUUUUGUUUCUGUCAAAUUUUAGAAUAAAGUUGCAUCAAUGGAUUUACAGGGCAAACAUGAUGUUAAUUGCAUGAUAUUUCAUUUAACUGGAAUUGUCCGCCAUGAAAUGUGAACUGUUUUUCCCGUAAAAGUUGCAAUUUUUAAUUUGAUAUUAAUAAAGUUCAACUCAUGCUA